AGCCUAGGAAAAAUUCGGACGACACUAAAGCGAAAGUACUUCGUGCACCCUCCGAGAAGUUUGAAAGGCUACGAAGUCUCCUUUACUUUCCUAGUUUAGAUCUAUGCUUGAAGGCGAAGGCGGAAGUGGCUGCAGCGGGAGCUUUCCGAGCAAAGAUGAAGCGCGGCCGGACGGUCAAAGGUUCUCCAGCCGCAGGGAAAAUAUGUGGCAGGAAUGCUGUUGCUGAAUCAAGUGAAGAUUAUGUUGUGGGGCAAGUGGCCGGCAGCCUCUUUCAAAACAAAUCUGCAGCAUGUGAUUCAGAGGUCCUCCUACAACUCUUCAGUGCUCCUGGGGCUGAAAAACAGCCAAUGUAUGUUGCUGUGGCAAAAGAAAGUAAAAAACGCAACUAUAAAGAAGAGGAAAUUGUCACAGAAAUUCAAGAUUCAUCAACUAAAAGACAGUCUUUUAAAAAAAUGAAGAAAUCUAAGAAAGAUACCUCUCUAACAAAUGAAACAGUAACAAACAGGGAGUGCGCUUUGGCUGGUGUAACUGAAGCAGAAGAAGAAGUAAUACAAAGGAAAAAUAGGGCUACCAAACUUUUUCCAACCUCAGAGGAAGCUGCUCAAAUUAAAAAAAAGAAAAUCCAAGUUAACCUGGCUAAAGAAAAGUUAAAGAACAAGAGGACUCUUUUUGUGGGGAAUUUACCUGUUUCUUAUACAGCACAAAUGCUGAAGGCGUUUUUCAAAGACUAUGGACAAAUUGAAUCAAUUCGUUUCCGUUCUUUGAUUCCAGCAGAAGAUGCAAUAUCCAAAAAAAUGGCUGCUAUAAAGCAAAAACUACAUCCUAAUAUGAAAUACGUUAAUGCUUAUGUUGUUUUCAAGGAGGAAUCUGCAGCAAAUAAUGCUUUAAAAUGUAAUGGAACAGAAAUUACCAGUGGAUUCCAUAUCAGAGUUGACCUUGCUUCAAAAUCUACUUGUCAUGAUAACAAAAGAUCAAUAUUUGUAGGAAAUCUGCCUUAUGAGAUUGAUGAUGAGACUGUAAGAAAUCACUUUUUGGAAUGUGGAAAUGUGACAGGUGUACGAAUUGUGAGAGAUCGAAGCACAGGCAUCGGCAAAGGAUUUGGUUAUGUUCUGUUUGAGACCACAGAUGCUGUACACCUUGCUCUGAAACUAAACCAAUCUGAAUUACAAGGAAGAAAGCUAAGAAUACAACGUUGUGUAAAAAGAGAGAAAGAAGAACAGAAGAAAUCAAACAAAAAUGCAAAGAGCUCUGUUCGAUUGAAAUACACAAAGACUACUUCUCUUAAAAAAUCAGAAGGAUCUUCUAAUUCUUUUGUUGGUGAAAAGGCAGACCCAAUGAAAAAGAUGAAAAAAGCAAAAUCAAAAAAACCCAUGAAAAUGAGGAAACCCAAAUGAUAUAGUGUUAAGAUACUUUUGUAAUGUUAAAAAACUUUUAAAUAAAAUUUAGCACAGACAA